AUGAGUCUAUCAGUAGCCCGGCCUUUAGUGUCGGUGUACACAGAGAAGAGUGAGAAGGUAGCCGAUGCAAACAUCCCGCUGCCGUUUGUUUUCAAGGCUCCGAUAAGGCCCGACCUUGUCAACGAUGUCCAUGUGUCGAUGAGCAAGAACUCUAGGCAGCCUUACUGCGUCAGCAAGGAAGCCGGUCAUCAAACCAGUGCUGAAUCAUGGGGAACUGGUCGCGCUGUUGCCCGUAUACCUCGUGUACGAGGUGGUGGUACUCACCGAUCGGGUCAGGGUGCCUUCGGUAACAUGUGUAGAGGCGGUCGUAUGUUCGCGCCUACCAAGCCCUGGCGCCGCUGGCACCGUCGCGUCAAUCUGCGGCAGAGAAGAGCUGCUGCUGCAGCAGCAGUUGCCGCAGCUGGUGUACCAGCACUAGUACAGGCAAGAGGUCACAUCAUUGAAAAGGUGCCUGAAUUCCCACUUGUGGUGGCUGACUCUGUCCAAGCCAUUGAGAAGACAAAGCAGGCUGUUAUCUUCCUAAGAAGAGUGAAGGCCUGGUCCGAUGUGCUCAAGGUAUACAAAUCUCAACGUCUGCGUGCCGGCAAGGGUAAAAUGCGUAACAGACGCAAGCUGCAGAGAAAAGGACCUUUGAUUGUUUACCACAAGGACCAAGGUCUGUCCAAAGCUUUCCGUAACAUCCCCGGAGUGGAGACCAUCAGUGUCAACAAAUUGAACCUUUUGAAGCUGGCUCCAGGAGGUCACGUUGGACGCUUCAUCAUAUGGACCAAGAGCGCUUUUGAGAGGCUCGACCCGCUGUUCGGCUCGUGGAAGACCCCGUCCAAGUUGAAGAAGGGCUUCAACCUGCCGCAGCCCAAGAUGGCCAACACUGACCUGUCUCGUCUGCUCAAGUGUGACGAGAUCAGGAAGGUGCUGCGCGCUCCCAACAAGCGCGUAGUCCGAGCUCCCCGCAAGCUGAACCCUCUAAGCAACGCUCGCGCGAUGUUGAGACUCAACCCGUACGCGGCCGUGCUCAAGAGGAAGGCUGUGCUAGAUCAAAACAAACGGAGCGACGCGCGGGCACUGGCGCUGGCUGAGAAGAGAGGGUGUGUACACGUUGCAAGUGUUCCAAGUGUGGACGCGUGCGGCGGCGUGCUGAUACAACACUACGCCGCCGCCGCGUCUGUGUGUAUCAAGCUACCAGCCUCAGACCCUGUAGCGAGGGCGCAGCGCGUCCGUGAGAGGAGAGCUAAGAGUCUGAAGCUAGCGGCUGCCAAGGACCCCAAGAAGAAGAAGGUAGUCAAGAAGACGCCCCCGCCUCCCAAGAAGGAGAAGAAACCUAAGAAGGCGGCUGAGAAGUGA